AGUCACCAUCGGUCCACCCGAUUUCCAGUAAGUCCCUCCGCACUGCAGAAACAGGACCUGAAACUGCCUGCAGGCAGCAGGACCGGGAAGCAGCCAGGACAACACGGUGAUGAAAACCCUGAGGGGUGGCCUCCUGCUGCUGCUGCUACUGCUCCUGGGGCCACCGGAUGUCUCCCAGGCCCAGAGCUGCACCGGGCACCCGGCCAUCCCUGGCAUCCCGGGCAUUCCAGGGACACCAGGAGCUGAUGGCACACCUGGGACGCCAGGGACAAAGGGAGAGAAAGGGAUGCCAGGGCUAGCUGGUGACCAUGGUGAGUUUGGAGAGAAGGGGGACCCAGGGGUUCCAGGGAAGCCAGGAAAAGUCGGCCCCAAGGGCCCCAUGGGCCCCAAAGGCUCCCCAGGGCCCCCCGGAGGCCGUGGCCCCAAGGGCGAAUCGGGAGACUACAGGGCCACGCAGAAAAUCGCCUUCUCUCUCACACGGACCAUCAACACCCCUCUGCGGAAGGACCAGACCAUCCGCUUCGACCACGUGAUCACCAAUGUGAACAACAACUACGAAACCCGCAGCGGCAAGUUCGUCUGCAGGGUGCCCGGCCUCUACUACUUCACCUUCCACGCCAGCUCACGAGGGAACCUGUGCGUGAACCUCAUGCGGGGUCGUGACCGCGCGCAGAAGGUGGUCACUUUCUGUGACUACGUCCAGAGCACCUUCCAGGUCACCACGGGCGGCAUCGUCCUCAAGCUGGAGGAGGGGGAGAACGUCUUCUUGCAGGCCACCGAAAAGAACUCCCUGCUGGGCAUGGAAGGUGCCAACACCAUCUUCUCUGGGUUCCUGCUCUUCCCGAACCCAGAGGUGUGACUGUGGGGCUGAGUCAUCCCCCUCCCCGCCCCUCGCCCACCAACAAAGCUCACUCUACCCCCAACACCACCUCUGCCCGGCCAAAGCUCACAGCCAGUCUCCAUGGGUGUGCUGAAUGAAGGAGUAAAUAAACUCUUCCCAACCAA